UUUUGUCCUGCUUUCUGAUUGUGUCUGAAGGACUGUGGAAUGAAAACAAUAGAGCCAUGCCCUUGCAUGAGAACUGGACAGGUCUGACUUUGAAGAAUGCCAGUCUCUGAGCUUACUAGCUCCAACAUAAGUAGGCAAGUCGUUUUUCUCUGUCCACUCAAUCGUUAUUGAGUGUCUCGACUAGGCAUGGAAGACACAGCAAUAAUCUAGUCAGAAUUAGCCCCUUCUCCUUUGUGAAACUAACAGCCUGUAGUAGAACUCAGGCAAUAAACCCUAGGCCAGUUAUGCAGUUUUAUACUGGAAUUAAUGCUACGAAGAAAACGAAUUGGGCGCCUGGACACAAUAUAGACAGAAAUAUUUUAGACGGCCUGCCAUCUCUCUUUUGAGAAAGCAAAUGGUUGAGUCGAUCCCAGCUAGUCGAAGGCAGUUACGUCAUAAACCUCGCAAGCUUGGUACCUUUGUCCCGCAGUUUCCUCCUCCUUUGUACCCUCCCUUCAGAGCCGGAGAUCCGCGCCGGCGCACUGAGUGUUGCCAUGGGGACAGCUGCUUCGGCGCAGGCGCAGUUCUCUCCAAGAUGGCGGCGGCUGCGGCUGCACGAGCGGUUCCUGUGAGCUCGGGAUUCCGGGGCCUGCCGCGAACACUGCCACUUGUAGUGAUUCUCGGGGCCACGGGCACUGGCAAGUCCACCCUGGCUCUGCAGCUGGGCCAGCGGCUCGGCGGCGAGAUCGUCAGCGCCGACUCCAUGCAGGUCUAUGAAGGGCUAGACAUCAUCACCAAUAAGGUUUCUGCCCAAGAGCAGAAGAUGUGCCAGCACCACAUGAUCAGCUUUGUGGAUCCCCUUGUGACCAGCUAUACAGUGGUGGACUUCAAGAACAGAGCAACUGCCCUGAUUGAAGAUAUUUUUGCUCGAGACAAAAUUCCUAUUGUUGUGGGAGGAACCAAUUAUUACAUUGAAUCUCUGCUCUGGAAAGUUCUUGUGAAUACCAAGCCCCAGGAGAUGGGCACCAGGAAAGGGGUUGACCGGAAAGUAGAGCUUGAGAAGGAGGAUGGCCAUGAACUCCAUAAACGGCUAAGCCAGGUGGACCCAGAAAUGGCCGCCAAACUACACCCACAUGACAAACGCAAAGUGGCCAGGAGCUUACAAGUGUUUGAAGAAACAGGAAUCUCUCACAGUGAAUUUCUUCAUCGGCAGCAUGAAGAGGAGGGUGGCGGUCCACUUGGAGGCCCUCUCAAGUUCCCUAACCCAUGCAUCCUCUGGCUUCAUGCUGACCAGACAGUUCUAGAUGAACGCUUGGAUAAGAGAGUGGAUGACAUGCUUGCUGCUGGACUCUUGGAAGAGCUGAGAGAUUUCCACAGACGCUAUAAUCUUAAGAACAUUUCAGAAAACAGCCAGGACUAUCAACAUGGUAUCUUCCAGUCAAUUGGCUUCAAGGAAUUUCACGAGUACCUGAUCACUGAGGGAAAAUGCACACCAGAGACUAGUAACCAGCUUCUAAAGAAAGGGAUUGAGGCUCUGAAACAAGUUACCAAGAGAUAUGCCCGGAAGCAAAACCGAUGGGUUAAAAACCGAUUUUUGAGCAGACCUGGUCCCAGUGUCCCCCCAGUAUAUGGCUUAGAAGUCUCUGAUGUUUCAAAGUGGGAGGAGUCUGUUCUGGAACCUGCUCUCAAUAUAGUGCAAAGUUUCAUCCAGGGUCACAAACCUACAGCCACUCCAAUGAAGAUGCCAUACAAUGAAACCGAGAACAAGAGAAGUUACCACAUGUGUGACCUUUGUGACCGGAUCAUCAUUGGGGACCGGGAAUGGACAGCACAUAUAAAAUCCAAAUCUCACUUGCACCAACUGAAGAAAAGAAGAAAGCUGGACUCAGAUGCUGUUCCUGCUGUAGAAAGCCAAAAUAGUUCCCCAGACUGUGACCUGGAACUUAAAGAGGGGAAGUCCCCAGGGCAUCAUGAUCAAGAGCUGAAGGCCAGGGUUUGAGAGACAUGCCUAGUGGCCUUUGCAGAGCAGUGGGGAUAAAGUCCAGGAGGGAGGGGGGGGGUGUCAGUCCCACGC